AUGGGGAGGGGGGCUAGCUGUCGGGAAGAAGUGGCUGAGUCCGCACCCCUCUGCUCGGGCACCCCCACCCUCCCGGCCUUAAAGCCCCGCGGGGAGCAGGUGGCGGCCCUGGUAGCCAAGCAGAGGAGCAGUAGCAGCAGCAGUAGCAGCAGCAACAACAGUAGCCCGGGCGCCCACGGAGGAGAUGAGAGCAGGAUCGGCGCCGCCGGCACCAUGCACCCCCAGCCUCCGCUGCCCCUGGCCGCACUCUGCCUCUUGGCGCUGCCAGCAGCUGUCGCCGCCUACUUCGGCCUGACAGGAAGAGAAGCUCUGACUCCUUUCCCUGGACUGGGCCCAGCUACUGCUCCCCUUCAAAGCAGAGCCCACCUGAAGCAGUGUGAACUGUUGAAGCUUUCCCGCAAGCAAAAGCAGCUAUGCCGGCGGGAGCCGGGCCUAGCUGAGACCCUGUAUGAUGCUGUACACCUGGGUGUCCUUGAGUGCCAGGCCCAGUUCCAUCAUGAGCGCUGGAACUGUAGCUUGGAGGGGAGAACAGCGCUCCUGAAAAGAGGUUUCAAGGAGACCGCCUUCCUCUAUGCAGUGUCUUCGGCAGCCCUCACCCAUGCAUUGGCCAGAGCCUGCAGUGCGGGCCGAAUGGAACGUUGUACCUGCGAUGACUCCCCUGACCUGGAGAACCGCCAAGCCUGGCAGUGGGGUGUGUGUGGGGACAACCUCAAAUACAGCACCAAAUUCCUCAGCAACUUCCUGGGGCCUAAGAAAGGAAGCAAGGACCUUCGUGCUCGGAUGGAUGCCCAUAACACCAACAUGGGCAUCAAGGCUGUGAGGAAUGGUCUGAAGACCACCUGCAAAUGUCACGGCGUUUCUGGCUCCUGUGCCGUGAGGACCUGCUGGAAGCAACUCUCCCCAUUCCGGGAGACAGGCCAGUUGCUGAAACUACGUUAUGACUCCGCUGUCAAGGUCUCCAGCACCACCAAUGAAGCCUUGGGACGCCUGGAGCUGUGGACACCCCCGAGGUCCAGCCGCCCCACCAAGGGCACAGCCCCUCGCCCUGGGGACUUGGUGUACAUCGAUGACUCGCCCAGCUUCUGCCGGCCCAGCAAGUACUCCCCGGGCACAGUGGGGCGAGCCUGCUCCAGGGAAGCCAGCUGUGACAGUCUGUGCUGCGGUCGGGGAUAUAACACCCAGAGCCGACUUGUGGCCUUUUCCUGCCAUUGCCACGUGCAGUGGUGCUGCUAUGUUGAAUGCCAGCAGUGCGUACAGGAGGAAUUAGCCUACACAUGUAAGCAGUAG